CGUAAGCUGAAAGGUAUGGUGAAGCGGCGCCUGCCCUCAUUGGCUGGCGAACAAAGAAAGCCCCUCCCCGUAACCCAUGACAGGCAAAGCCAAGGCGACUCCCGAAACACACAACUGACCUGGCGACCUGGUCCAGGCGUCUACCGCAAACGUGACGUGUCUCUGUGGGACUCCCACUUAACGAUGGAAACCAGACAACAAGAGUCUUGGGAAUGCUGGGGCAGCGUGGGCCCUGAGGAAUGGGUUAACUCCGCACAGCAGGGUUUGACAAAGCGCAUGACUGCCCCCUCUGGCGAGGAGGUGACGAGCAGGUGUUCAGAUUACGAUGAGACGUUUCCAAACGGCAAUAGCUACGGAGCGGAACAUGGAAAAACGUCGCUACAUCCCUGGGGCGGGGCGUCAGUGUGUCACUCGGACGACUUGGCCUCCUGGACAGACAGAGGACAUCUCUCAGGUUUCCUCGACUCGGAUCCUCUCAGAGAAGCGGAUGAACACGCGGCGGCGUCAGAUGUGAACCUGACAGAAGAAGAGAGAGAUGAGAUACAACGAGAGCUGGCUAAACUGGAGGAGGAGAUCAGCACGCUGAGACAGGUGUUGGCGUCCAAGGAGAAGCAGCACGCUGAGCUCAAACACAAACUGGGCAUCACUCCUCUGAGCGAGAUACGCAACAACUUCACCAGAGGCUGGCAAGACGUGCAGAGCUCCACGGCCUACAAGAGGACGUCGGAGACGCUGAGCUCAGCGGGACAGAAGACCUCGGCGGCCUUCAGCACCCUGGGCAGCGCCAUCAACAGGAAGUUUGGAGACAUGAGGUCUGGCUCCAUAGGUCACUCAAUCACACACUCUGUCAGCAUGCCCGCCAUGAGAAACUCGCCCAGCUUCAAGUCUUUCGAGGAAAAAGUUGAGAGUACAGUGAGCACCAUCAAGACCAAAGUCGGAGGUUCUGGGACAGGGGGAAGCUUUGAGGACGUCCUCUCCUCAGCAGCCAAGGCCAGCUCGAAGGACACGCCCACGAACAAUUUGAUGGACACGCCCGAGAGGCCGCAGUAGACAAAAAAAAACAACCUCCAAAGGAUAUUUAUUCACGUGUCUGUUAACAAAUCUCUUAUACAGUCGUCCCUCGCCGCUUCGAACAUCUCUCACUCACUCUAUUGCGUUUUUUUUUAAAUCAAUUCAUGAAUGAUGGCUGUGUCUUGGUUGACUAUGGCCAAUUAUAAGUACAAAAAAUAUAUUGAAAGACAAGUCAUAUGUAUUAAUAUGGUCACUAGUGGUCAGCAAUGUUACACUGAUGAGACAUUAGCUUACAUUAAAUUACCUUAGCACUGCAUGUCAGCCAUGGCAUGUCCGACAUUUCCUGUGGAAGUGAUAAGUUUUUGGCUUCUUUCUUUGUCCUUCUUCUCCACUCCGUUUGAAAGCCUUUCGUACGUUUGAAGUCACUACGUUGGAGGCUGACUACUUAGCAUGCUGGAUAUUAAAGCGGCAGCAGUCUCUUGUGUCCCUGCAGUGAUUCCGUAGCCUGCGCAUUAGCAAUGUAGCCUAAGCAAAGAAUAAUAGGAGCGUAAAUGCGACUAUAAGGGUGUUAUUUGCUGUCUACGGGGCUCUAAUAAUGGUAAACCCCGUAUUUUCACAUUCACAAACAGGUUUCCUAUGCUCUAACUACGAAAAUAUUACAUUUGUUAAUACUCAAACCGGCUUCGCAGUCGGGUCUGGCAUUAGUCGGAGAUUUCUAACCAAGUGAAUUCUCUCCUGACACCUAGUGGCCACUAAGCUACAUUACACCACUUUGGAUUCCUACUUUAAAUCAACAGUAACGAUACAAACAAUGCUACACGAUAUGUACAGGUGAUAUUAUGUGUGUUUUAUAGCAUAUAUAGCUUUAUUUGAACUAGCACUUACAGCUAUGCAAAGUAUAACGUAACAUGUAUGUAAAUAACCCAAUAUGACGUGAUAUGAAACAUAUUUCGAUAUUAACACAAUUGCUGCUGCUGUAAGACAUUUGAAUGCUGGAUCGUGUUUGGACUCAUCUUUGCUCUCAUUCAGGCGGAGCGGACAGGCUGUUGCAUUAUUAAGGGGGCCAUGCACAAUGAAUUUAGAGAAAUCGAAUUAAGCACUCAGAAUAAUUCAAUGAUCCUGAAGGAGGGGGAAAAAGUUCCCUGAUGUGUUUAUUGCAGUUUGACAUCCGAAUAUGAAGAACCUGUACUCUUUUAAAGCUCAUAAAAACACAAAAUGUAUAACUAGAAGCAACUUUUUUAACUCUGUCACACUUUUCAUAUUGUUUGUUGUGGUUUGAGAAGAUUUAUUUACGUGUCAACAUUUAAGGUCUCUUACAUGUUGAGCUGAAAUAAAAUGAAUCUCAGGACCUGUUUUUAUUUUUUUUUUAAAUGUAACCCAACUUUAUUAAAGCAUACAACUGACAUAGCA